AUGCCUAGUAAUUCCAAGAUCGCGACCUUGUCCGGUUUGCUUCAGUUUGCUAACACCUCGCCUUUAGUCCGCCCCCUCGAUGACUGGGCCGUAGGCCGCACCCAAUCCCUCCCUCUCUCCGCCCUGAAAGGUACUGUCAUCGGUAUCGAUGCUGCUCAUUACAUUCAACAACAUUUGGUGAAUCAGUCAACUCGGGAAGCUCUUCUAGGUGCCUUGGGAGGUUUCCCAUUCGCUCUGAAGAACAAUAUCGAGAAAGAGCUGCAGGCCCUCAAAGGUCUGGGCAUCGGCUGCAUUUUCGUCUUCAAUGGACUUGACUUCGGCAAACGAGAUCAACGUACGCAGGCGCAACCCGCAUCAGUGCGCUCCUUCGAACAGGCUUGGGACCUCUACGACCAGCAACAGGCCGACCAGGUCGUGGACGCCUUCAGCAACGCUGGUAUGCCAAUCUUUCCAUACGGGAUCCCUGCAAUGUGGCCGACAUCCCCACCACCAUUUGACGAUGACUGGACUUGGUCGCACCCAUCCGUUGGAUAUUACGCAAACACCGCUGACCCCCUUGACCCCCCAGGGACCCCACCCCCGGAAACCCUCUUCAAGUUCCUGCAACGGAUCCUGAACCAAAAUGGCGUCCCCUUUCUGGUGGCGCCAUAUAGCGCGGUCGCCCAGCUCUCCUACCUCGCCCGUGGCUCCAACCCCGUCGUCGAUGCCGUAUACGGUCCGUCCGAAGCCUUCCUGUUUGAUCUGGAUAAGCUGGUGACCCGCAUCGAGACUGAACCGGCACAAUUCACCUGGCUCACCAAGCAAACUUGUCAGGAGGAGCUGGGUCGUCUAUCAAAUGAACAGUUCUUGGAAUUCCUUCUCCUUCUAGGGUCGUCGUUCCUACGACCCUGCCCUCUUUUUGAAAACCCCGCUUACCCAGGAAAGCUUCCUAAUAUUCGCGAUGCUCUGCCAAUGUUCAAUUCCGCCGGGCGAACUGCUUUGGCCAUGUGCGCCCAGUACGAGGAGGACCGUCGCAUGAACGAGUAUCAAUAUGUGGACCGGUACAAGCGCGCAUAUUUGAGCGUCAAGUACCACGUUUAUAUGGAUUUGGAAGGACGAGUUGUUCCCAUGGAAUCGGAGACUGUCUCUUCUGACUUGCACGAAAUUAUUGGCCAGCGACUUCCAGAAGAGCUUUACUUUUACUUAUCCAAGGGUGUUUUGGGGGCAGAUGUACCGAACUACCUCACCUCAGGUGAAGUGCGAUCUUCAUUGCCGAUGGGUGCAGAGGAUACCGAAGUCUACCGCCAGCUUGUCGGAGAAACUCUCACCCCUAUCCGCACACAGUCCAUCUGCCUGCUAGCCAACUCGCUUCACCGAUUCUAUCAGACUAAAGAGAUUCAUAUUCGCCCCUGGUUCGACGAAAGCUCAGAUGAAAAAAUCAACUUGAAGAACAUCCCCUCUGUGAAGGAAACGAUUCAGGCAUGGAGAAUCCCUUCUGCGCAGUUCCCCGAGAGCGUCAAGAAGUUGCAAGUACCUCUUGGUUCUUUCAAAUUUGCCGUCCAAAGUCUUAAUAGCUCAGACUUCGUACCAAAGUCAUUUGCUACCAAAGAGGAUCCGGUUCUGUCAUCCCAAGAGGAUAUUCUUUCUAACGUUAUUUGGCGGUUCUUGCAACUGCGUGGUUAUGUUGAUGACAAGCACAAGCUCACUGUGUGGGGCAAGUGCCUGGAGCAAGCUUUAUCGAGUGUGGACCCUGCAGAUAACUUGGAAGAUGCUAUAUUCAUUGCUAUUGAGAUGCUUCGCUUCGACCUUCUCAACACAAAGAAUUGGUUCUCCCAUGUAUCUGGUGGUCCUAUGAGAGGCUCAGACGACGAUAAGACCUUCAAUAUGCUCAUCUCUCGCGUUGCAUGCAUUGCGAAGUUGCAGCAUAAGAGCAUCGGCUAUUCCGGCCCACUGAGCCGACAACUUCUCUGCUACCGCGCUUUGAUCUCCGAGGUGCGAUCUGCACUGAGGAAUUUGAUCGAGGUUGUUUUGACUAGUCUUUUGCUCAGCGGUGAUGCUGAUCGGGACCGCAAGGAUUGGACCGAGAUGUCAAUUAACAGGCUGCCUUUUAUUGAUGAUAAUGAUUGCGGACUGGGAAUUGCUGUUCGCACCUACCUGGAUGACCUUCCCCUGCAAGCGGAGCCUACAUCCCCCGAGGCUCGCGCCGAGGUCAAGUCAAAGGGAAAGGAGUGGUUCCAGCACAGCGAGAGCUUCACAGGCAAUCUGGACGAGGCAUUCAAACUUUGGGAUGCGGUCUACAAGGGCACUCAAGCGGCGAGCAACGAACUGAAGGACACGAAGUUGUGGGAUAACGCAAACAAAUGGCUGUCCGAGAGACGGUAA